AUGUCCGUCCACGAGUUCUACAAGUACGCGUCGUCCUCGUACGAGGGCAGCUGCGAUUCCGGCUUCGAGCUCUCGUACAAAUCCGAGACCACCGACGACAGAACCGACUUCUUCGACGAACUAGUCACCCCGACCAACUCGCCUAGCCUCGACGUCUCCCUCUACGAAAAGUUCAACAGCGCCUUCUACAAGAGCCUAGCCGAUUUCGAGAGGAAACCUCACGAAGACUGGACCCCGCGUUGCAGGCGCAACCUUUUCGACGGCUUCCAGGAGGAGCGAUGCGGUGGGGAAGACGAAGCGAAAACGAAACCCAAGAAGAGGUACGCCACCGGAAGGAACAGGGUGUCCAGGGCGAAAAGUCCGUCGCAGAUCAUGAGGAUCAAACGCGUGAGACGCCUCAAGGCCAACGACAGAGAGAGGAACCGGAUGCACAUGCUGAACGAGGCUCUGGACAGGUUGAGGUGCGUUUUGCCCGCGUUCCCCGAGGACACCAAGCUGACCAAGAUCGAAACGUUGAGGUUCGCGCACAACUACAUCAACGCGCUCGCGGAGGCGCUGAACGACAUCGAAAAGUACGCGAGCGACGACGGACGGGUCGUCGUAAACGUGGGCAACGUUGCCGUCGCGAUCGGGAAACACGGCAACGCUGUGAGGAGCGCGUCGCACGCGUGUGUCAUAAGCGGCAGCAUCAGCAACGCGAGUUUCAUGCAGGACUAUAACGGCGGCGAAGCCGCAGGUUACCAGAUGCCUUAUUCGAUGCCUUACGAUCACCUACAGUACUGUCAGGGUGACGGGGGGUUCGGCCAGUACCACACGGGUACCGAAAACGGGUUCAACAACAACGUGGUGUACGGGUACGGGGGCGGAGGGUACUCGAAAGUGUGA